AUGUUGUUCAAACAAUGGGACGAAUGGGCUGAACCAAGACAUCAUGUUGAUUCAUUAGCUGCAAUUCCACCAAAUCAUCGUAAUGCAGAUUCCUUACAAGAAGCCCCUUUACCACUAGUAAAGGUACCAGAUACAUUGCAAGAUAUAACCAUAUAUGAACAAAUUAUUGUAGCCACGCGUGUACUGAUGCCAUUGUUUCCAAAAGAGAUUUUGAACUUCACUAGCUUAGGCAACAUAGAAGUUAAAUUGAAUGUAAGUGAGGCUACCGCCCACCUAGUAAAAACCCCCAUCUAUAAAUGUAACGAAAGAACAUUAAUAAUAAUUGUCGAUGAAAAUGUUAUGCAAGUGUGUCCAAUAUUUUUAAACGUUAUUUCUAAAACCAUCUGCACCAUGUUUGGUAAUCAAUUAAAAUUCUUAAUAUUUGGUACAUCCGACCGAAUCUCGAAGAUUAAAACAAUAAAUCAUUUAAACUGUACUCUAAUACCACCAGAAUUCAUAACAGGUUUUAUUGGAUCAAUAAUAUCAGAUUUAUCAUUAACUGCAAAUAGUAAAUUCAAUGGGUUUCUUGUUCCAAGUGAAGGUCCUUUAGGUUUCGAAAAAUUGACAUUAGAAACAAUGGAAUUUUUAAUUAAAGAAGGAGGUAGGAUUGUUAAAACUAUAGAUUCAAAUUUAAAUUUAGAACUCUAUGAAAAAGAAUGUUAUCGGAAUUGGAGAUUAACGGGUACUACAAUUGGUACUCAAUCUGGUUUAUAUAUUUAA